CCAUGUUGAUUCUUCAUUCUUUGUGUAUUUUCUUUUCAUUCUUGGCUUUAAUUUUCCUUAGCAAAUCAGAGGAGGUAUGGUGUUAAUUAGCUAUUGUUCUUGUGAUUGGCAGGACUUCUCGCUCUUUAAUUGCUGGAUUGAUGUGGAUUGGUUUGAAGGAUGGAAGGACAUGACCCUGGAAACAAGUUUCUUGAAAUCUAAAGGGGAUGGCGGUGGCUAUGGAGGUGAUUGGGCAGUAAGGAUUGAUGUGCAGAGUGAGAAGUGGAAUGAUGAUUUACAGAAAAAUGCCUACCUUUUUUUCUAUUUGGCUGAUGAAGAUGGAAGUGCUGUAAGUUUAAGCCAAGAUACCUUCCACAUUCAUGGGAGUUCUCUCCUAGCUUCAGGUUCACGAGCUGAUAAUGGACACAGGCAACUGCAUCUUAAAUCAAAGAUUUUUCAUGCAGAUCCUACCCCUUCUCAAGAUAACACUCCCAUGCGUCCUGAAAGGUCCAUAGAAAAUUCUGUACAUGACAAAGCUCCUGGUGUGGAUGAUGAACCUUCACCAAAUGAUAUGAAAAAACAACUAAUUGGGCUCUUUUGUGAGAGCUUCAACAAUACUGCCUCUGUGAAUAUUGAUCAAAAUUUAGGUCAACCAGAAGACAAACCUGCAAACCUUGCCCAACUUGAAAGAUUUGCCAUGAAAGGCUUAGUUGCAUCAAUACCAAACUCCACACCUAGUGGUGAAAUAACUCCAUACAAAGGAUCCAUACCCAAAAAAGAGAAAUCAAGCCAGUCUGCACAAUGCUACCUUCCAGGUUUGGUGCGAAGCUUGAGCUUUGGCGAGAGAGAAAGAGGCUCCCUCCCAAAACUAAUGGUUGUAAGCCAAAUGUUCAUGCUUUAUGAAUCCUUUUAGAAUUUCACACUUCAAAAUUACCAUUGUGGUAAGAAAGACAAAAUCUCAAUUUUUUUUUCUCUUCUUUUCACUAUAGUUUCUCGUCAAAGUAACAUAUAAUCUAUUCUAAUAGUGCUGCUGCAUCUAUAAAAUGGGAUAGAAGAAAACUUUGUAUAUUUAUUAUGUUUUUUUUACAGUUGAUUCAUGCUUCAUGAUCUGUAGAAGUCUAUAGAACAUGAGCAUCGUCCUUUCUAUUCAUAACAUAGUGUCUCAAAGGGUAUAGGAGCUGAUCAAUUCUAAAGGAAAAUGUAAUAAAUCAUACUCUUUAUG